AUUGCUAAUUCUGGCUGAUUCAUUGUACACACGCGAAUAAGCGUACAACUGAGGAAACUGAGGAUUUUUCUACUUUAUACAGUCCCACAGAAUCAUGGACCGGCUACUGAGGCUUGGAGGAGGGAUGCCUGGACUUGGGCAGGGUCCUCCGACAGAUGCCCCUGCUGUGGAUACAGCUGAGCAAGUUUACAUCUCCUCUCUGGCUCUUCUCAAGAUGUUGAAGCAUGGGCGUGCUGGUGUGCCUAUGGAAGUAAUGGGUUUGAUGCUGGGAGAGUUUGUGGAUGACUACACCGUGCGUGUGAUAGACGUGUUUGCCAUGCCUCAGUCUGGAACGGGUGUCAGUGUGGAGGCUGUGGACCCUGUGUUUCAAGCCAAGAUGUUGGACAUGCUGAAACAGACGGGAAGGCCGGAGAUGGUGGUUGGCUGGUAUCACAGUCAUCCUGGCUUUGGAUGCUGGUUGUCUGGUGUGGACAUUAACACACAGCAGAGCUUUGAGGCUCUGUCUGAACGUGCUGUAGCAGUGGUGGUGGACCCCAUUCAGAGUGUCAAAGGAAAGGUUGUCAUAGACGCAUUCAGACUCAUCAAUGCCAACAUGAUGGUUCUGGGUCAUGAACCGAGACAAACCACGUCUAACCUGGGCCAUCUGAACAAGCCUUCCAUCCAGGCUUUAAUUCACGGGUUGAACAGACAUUACUAUUCAAUCACCAUCAACUACAGGAAGAAUGAGCUUGAGCAAAAGAUGCUGUUGAACUUGCACAAGAAGAGUUGGAUGGAGGGACUGACUCUGCAAGACUACAGUGAACACUGUAAACUCAAUGAGACAAUUGUCAAGGAGAUGCUGGAGCUUGCCAAAAACUACAAUAAGGCUGUAGAGGAAGAAGACAAGAUGACCCCGGAACAGCUGGCCAUUAAGAAUGUGGGAAAACAGGAUCCCAAACGGCAUUUGGAGGAACAUGUGGACGUUCUGAUGACGUCCAAUAUUGUGCAGUGCCUAGCAGCCAUGUUGGACACCGUGGUGUUCCAGUGACGCUCUUCUGUGCAUAACAUGUUCAUAUUCAUUGUCUGUUUUGUCUUUUUAAGAAAUAAAAUUAUAUAAAAACCUGUCAACAUAGACUUCAUCUAUCUGUUUUGUGCAUCUCUUUAUGUGCACACAAUACACUCAACCACUGAAUAUGUUGCAGUGGGCAUAGACAUAUGAUGACGUUAUACAGAGAGACGUUAUUCCGUUAAGAGCCUUCAAGGAGAGA